AUGGUAUGCAAGAAAUGUGAAAAGAAACUUGGUGCUGUCAUCACUCCAGAUACUUGGAAAGAUGGCGCAGAAAGUGGUGGAAGAAAGCUGAAUGAAAACAAAGCUUUGACGUCAAAAAAAGCAAGAUUUGAUCCAUAUGGAAAGAAUAAAUUCUCCACUUGUAGAAUUUGUAAAAGUUCUGUGCACCAACCAGGUUCUCAUUACUGUCAGGGUUGUGCCUAUAAAAAGGGCAUCUGUGCAAUGUGUGGAAAAAAGGUUUUGGAUACAAAAACCUACAAGCAAACAUCUUUCUAG